GGCUACGAGACUACUUACGGGUCCAUGCCCGCGGACCUGGAGCCUCUCCUCAACGUCUUGAGACAGAUGGCCACUCGAUGGCCCUGUGCACAGCGAUAUACCGACAUUAUCCAGCUCAUUCUAGACACCAAGAACAACCCCGACGGCCCCACCGGUAUGGACAUUUUCAACGACACGAGACGGACGUCGUACGGGCUCCAGAGCCUCCUGGGCACGCUGAUUGUUCCUCGAACCCAAGAGUCCUUUCCCAAUUCCUUCAACUUCCUCGACAUGGCCCUGCCGGAUUUCGGUGAUUUCAGCACGUCGAGGAUGGAUUUCUUUGGGCCGGAAAAUGAUGGUGACUGGCUUUGUUGACGUGUCGGGGUGGACUGGGCAGGACAGCCUGCGUGUAUCUGCCUCAGAUUUUCGGACUGCUCGCCAGCAGAUGCACCUGCUCGGGCACCGAGCUCUUCAACCUGCCAGUCUCCAGCGCCGACCGAACGUUGCCGAUUGUCCACUCCUCCAUCCUUGUCUUGGUCUUCUACCUGUCAGCCGUGUCGUCCGCACGGUCUCCCGACAUCAGCAAGAACUUACCUCGACCGUCGAUGUGCCCAUAUGGGGAAGCAAGCAAAUAUGCGGAUUAGCGACCAAGCCCGGAUGGAUAUUCGGCUCCUGCUGAUACACGUCGAGUCCGACCGAAAGAACCCGUCCCGAAUCCAAGGCGUCAACCAGGGCGUCUUCAUCCAUGAUGCCUCCUCUGGCGGUGUUGACAAUAAUGAUGCCUUCCUUCAUCUUGGCAAACUCUUUGGUGGAGAUAAUGUUUCGCGUCUUAGACUACGAGGCUCAAAACUAGUCAUCCACUUGAUGAGGGUGCGAUGAUCCCUACUUACGGUGAGAGGAAGGUUCAAGCUGAGGACGUCACUUUUGGCGAGCAGAUCGUCGAAGCUGACAUACUCGGCUCCUUUGGCCUGGUCGUCAGCCAGCUUGUUUCGGUUGUGGUAGAUGACCUUCAUGCCGAACACCUCGGCCUUUUUCUUGAUGUCCAGGCCGAUUCUCCCCAAGCCGAGGAUGCCCAGGACCUUGCCCUGCGGAUCGUGGCCGAGCGGCGGGGGCGG